GUGAGUGGUUGCACAUGUACCUAGAAUCGGUGUCGGCACGCCAUUGUGGACCCCAGUUACUUUCACAUUACUGACUCCGCAGUCCGUGAAAGCUUUUAUUGUUGAAUUAUCCCGAGUGCAGUAGGAAGAAGAAACUGACCCACGAUGGCUACGGACUCCUGGGCCCAGGCGGUGGAUGAACAAGAAGCCGCGGCGGAAUCGAUCGGCAACCUCCACAUUAAAGAGAAACCAGAAGAAAAUGGCACCGCAGCACACGUAACAGAGGCGACCCCCGCAGCUGCAAAGACAGAAGGUGAAGUCAAGUCAACAGAUGACGAUGUCAAAGAUGACAAAGCGGCCCAAUCGUUGUUGAACAAGCUGAUCAGGAGUAAUCUAGUCAACAAUACAAACCAAGUGGAAGUUCUUCAGAAAGAUCCAAACUCUCCACUCUACUCUGUCAAGUCUUUUGAGGAGUUGCGACUCAAACCUCAGCUGCUUCAGGGCGUGUACGGCAUGGGUUUCAAUCGGCCAUCUAAAAUCCAGGAAACUGCCUUACCUAUGAUGCUGGCUGAACCUCCACAGAAUCUCAUUGCCCAGUCGCAGUCGGGAACAGGGAAAACGGCUGCCUUUGUCCUGGCCAUGCUCAGCCACGUCGACCCCAGCAACAGAUAUCCCCAGUGCCUGUGUGUGUCACCCACCUAUGAACUGGCACUUCAGACUGGUAAGGUGAUCGAGCAGAUGGGCAAACACUAUCCUGAGGUCAAACUAGUCUACGCCAUCAGAGGAAAUAAAUUGCAACGUGGCAUGAAGUUGCAGGAACAGAUAGUUAUUGGCACACCUGGUACGAUGCUGGACUGGUGCAGUAAGUUCAAGUUCAUAGACCCCAAGAAGAUCAUGGUGUUUGUGCUGGACGAGGCUGACGUCAUGAUCGCCACCCAGGGUCACCAGGACCAGAGUAUCCGCAUACAGAGGAUGCUGCCUAAAAACUGCCAAAUGUUGCUGUUUUCGGCCACAUUUGAAGAAACGGUGUGGAAUUUCGCCCAGCGCAUUGUGCCUGACCCCAACGUCAUCAAACUGAAGAGGGAGGAGGAGACGCUGGACACCAUCAAACAGUACUACGUGUUGUGCAACUGCAAAGAAGAGAAGUUCCAUGCCCUCUGUAACAUCUACGGAGCCAUCACUAUCGCCCAGGCCAUGAUCUUCUGCCACACUAGGAAGACUGCAGGCUGGCUGGCAGGUGAGCUGUCUAGAGAAGGACACCAGGUGGCGCUGCUCAGUGGGGAAAUGCAGGUUGAGCAGAGGGCUGCUGUCAUUGAUCGCUUCAGGGAGGGCAAGGAGAAGGUCCUGGUUACGACAAACGUUUGUGCUCGAGGCAUUGAUGUGGAGCAGGUUUCUGUGGUGAUCAACUUUGACUUACCAGUGGACAAGGACGGGAACCCAGACAACGAGACCUACUUGCACAGGAUCGGCCGCACAGGUCGAUUUGGCAAACGGGGCCUGGCGAUCAACAUGGUGGACAGCAAGAUGAGCAUGAACAUCCUCAACAGGAUCCAGGAGCAUUUCAAUAAGAAAAUUGACAAACUAGACACAGACGAUCUGGAUGAAAUUGAGAGAAUCGCCGGCUAAAGACAACGGGUGCGCUCCCAUGAAGGACGUCAACCCAACCCACCCCCCACCCCCGCUCUCUUAAGGACUGUGCACUCCUACAGUGUUUUAUGCUUUUAAUUUUUAGCUGUCAGAGGAAUGAGCAGAACCACAAACACAGCAUAUGUUUACACGUGGAUAUGUCUCCUCUCAGACAAGUGUUUUGUACGUCUCUGGAACAUACCCCAUUUCACUCUUUGUACUACUUUGAAUAAAGUCUAUGAGUUUAUCGCUGUGUUUAUAAUGCUGCUGCAGGAAUAGUCGACUCUUUGACUGAACACACGUGGAUUAAAAAACACUUAUUGGCUGUAGUGGUGGCAUGAUACAAGCUUUUCUAUUAAAAAGAUUCCGAAAAACUCCAGAAUGGCGAUUAGCUAUUUCCAUGUGCCACAAAGUUAUCUUUGAUUUUAAAGAACAAAAAUAAAAUUGAAUGUAAAAAUAUCAUGUUCAACUCCUACAGCUUCUAUUGUGCUUUGUUAUAUCAACUAAAAUCAGUACAAAGGGUGAAAUUGGGUAUGUUGCUCCAAGUGGUAGAUAUAUCAGUAAGAUUGUUAUUGAGAUGGUGAUGGUUGAGUUUCAAAGGGUCUAUGCAAACUUAUCAACCUGUGAUAGUUCUUAUCAAAUACUAUCAACCUGUAUUCACAUGACACAGAUUAUUCAUGAAUUAACCUCAGCUUUAGCAUCAGGGUGUGUAGUCAAAUGCCAAAAAAAGGCUGCAUAGUGAUGAUACACAGCUAACUCCAAGUCAUGCACAUUAAGGUGUUUGUGUUUUCACCAGUAAUCGAUCAUCAGCCAACCACAAAUGUUACAUGUGUUAUUUUGUCAUUUUAAAAAACUAUCACGGCCAUUAUCAAAGAACAGGCUCGGCUCCAGCGCUGAGCAUUGAGCAUUAGUCGUCUUUUUUCCCUCAUCUGUCUCAUAAAAAAAACCUAAUUUUAAUUCCAGACGUGGCCGUCAAGGCCUGAUUUGUUCAGUUUCCGUUUGUCAUUCACUGUCCCACAAUCUUUUUAAUCAGGGUCUCUCUCCAGUUUGACUUGAGCUCAGCUACAUUCUUCAUCCAGGCUGUGCUGUUAAUAAGGAUUGUGAGUUAAAAGAAUACGCAAUGCCUUCCUCAAGUGCAUUAUAUAUACAUAUGAUUUUGUUACUGACAUUCUAAGACAUCGGGCUUAAUAUUCUGACUAACACUUGAAAUUUUGAUGAUAUAUUGAAUUAUGGGCGUCUUCAGGAUGUGUGAAUUAUCUUUUUUGAAACCAAAUGCUGAGUUGACUUGAGGAUCAGAGGACCUAUGCCAAUCAGAUUCACUGUGUUGUUCCAACAUGGUCGCAGGAGUAUCAAACAUGUACUUGUGUACAUAUUUAAAAUUUAAGACAGUGUGUCUGAAUUAUUGACAGUUUGUCACUUCUAAGAAGUGCGACAACAUUCCUCAUGAGGUUAAAUUUUAACAGACGCAGCACUUAGAAAUGCAGCGAGCUUAAAAUCAGUUAACCUUGCAUCAGUGGGUGACUGAAUGAAAUUAAGGAAAACUGUGGUGUCUGGUGUGUUUGAUCGAUGCGCUGGAACGUUAAGGGCAGUGAUUGGUCAGUCUGAACCUUCUGCAAACCUCAUCUGGCUCCCACCGGCGACUUGCCGGCGGUGGUCCGGUUUUUAAUGGACUGUUUACGGACAACUUGCUGAAAACCCCUCAACUCAGUGAGCAGAUUCUGCCAAAACUAAAAGCAAGGGAGUGUGCUGAAAACCCACCAGAAUGCUCUGUGAAGACUUUCCAGGGUAAAGAAGCAGUGUAUGCAGUUUUAUUUGGACAUUUGGAUGUAUACAUUAUCAGUGAGUGUGUGCGUGCACUUUGUCGAUGUGUAAUGUAAUGCCACUGUAUAAGAGCCAUGGACACACAAAGCAGUUUUGAACUUAACACUCUUCUCCACAUGUUGUAUACUUUGUUUGAUGAUUGUGAGAACCUACAAAACCCAGUUCAUAUAUACGCAUAUACACAUAUACACACACACACACACACACACACACACACGAGUAAUACUGCCUAACCAGGCUUGAAACAAGUUGUCUGUUUAAACCUGAAGGCCAUGUGUAGACAAUGAUAGGUUCAAGGUGUGUGGUAUUCUGUAUCUGAGCUGCAUUCAUGGACACAGUUAUGUCUUCUUAAUAUGUUGAAUUAAAAGAACAUAUAGAUGUC